UUAAACAUGACAGCCGAUUAUACAUUAAAUUAAAUAAAAUUAAUCGUCAUAUUAUUACAUACGUGUGACAAUCCAUCUUUACAGCCCAUAUUUCGUAAAUUUUGUUUUCAUUUUCUUGCUGUAAAUCUUCCAAUUUUGUUAGCCUUUUUUAGGAGAGGGUUUAUUUUGAUCUAAGAAAAGCCGCGUUUGACCUUGUAAACCCCGUCGUCUUCAUUUCUUCUCGUCUAUCAUAAAAAUUCGAUCUUUUCUUGCACGAAUAAAUCCAAAUUCCCAAUCUUGAUGCACUCCCGUCGAUUUUCUUCAACAUCCCAGUUCUAAAAGUCCAAUCUUUUUUCGAUUGGAUCUUUUUCUUUUUGAAUUGUUUGGUUUGUGCGAUGGGGGAUUUGGUGAAGCAGACGCUGGCGACGCCGAUCCAGCUGACGGACCAGGUGAUAAAGGCGGCGGACGAGGCGGCGACGUUCAAGCAGGAGUGCGCGGAGCUGAAAUCGAAGACGGAGAAGCUGGCGGCCCUCCUCCGGCAGGCGGCGCGUGCGAGCAACGACCUGUACGAGAGGCCGACGCGGCGCAUUCUGGACGAGACGGAGCAGGUGCUGGACAAGGCGCUGGCGCUGGUGCUCAAGUGCCGCGGCAACGGCCUGAUGAAGCGCGUGUUCACCAUCAUCCCCGCCGCCGCCUUCCGCAAGAUGUCGUCGCAGCUGGAGAACUCCAUCGGCGACGUGUCCUGGCUCCUCCGCGUGUCGGCCUCCGCCGACGACCGCGCCGACGAGUACCUGGGGCUGCCACCCAUCGCCGCCAACGAGCCCAUCCUCGGCCUCAUCUGGGAGCAGAUCGCCAUCCUCUACACGGGCUCCGUCGACGACCGCGGCGACGCGGCGGCGUCCCUGGUGUCCCUGGCCCGCGACAACGACCGCUACGGCAAGCUCAUCAUCGAGGAGGGGGGUGUCGGCCCCCUCCUCAGAUUAGUGAAAGAAGGCAAACAAGAGGGCCAAGAAAACGCCGCCCGCGCCAUCGGGCUCCUCGGGCGGGACCCCGAGAGCGUCGAGCACAUGACCCACGCCGGCGUCUGCUCCGUCUUCGCCAAGAUCCUCAAGGAGGGCCCCAUGAAGGUGCAGGCCGUCGUCGCCUGGGCCGUCGCCGAGCUCGCCGCCCAUUUCCCCAAAUGCCAAGAUCUCUUCGCUCAACACAAUAUCAUCAGACUUCUUGUUAGCCACCUCGCCUUCGAGACCGUGCAGGAGCACAGCAAAUACUCCGUCGUCAGCAAAGCCACCUCGAUGCACGCCGCCGUCGUCCUUGCCAGCACCAACGCCGCCGAUCACCAUCAUUUGGAUGAGGACAAACCCUUGAUGCCGCGCCCUUUAGGCGCCAACAAGCAGCCUAAUCAGAUGUACAACGUCGUCAUGUCCGCCGGCGGUGGCGGUGGCAAUGGGAAGGUGAAUUCCCUCCACAACAACCACCUCCACCACCCGAGCAUAUCCCUCUCCGGCGCCAGCAACCGCGCCAGAGAAAUGGAGGACCCCGCCACCAAGGCGCAGAUGAAGGCGAUGGCGGCGCGGGCCCUUUGGCAUCUCGCCAAGGGCAACUCCGCCAUCUGCCGGAGCAUUACAGAAUCGCGAGCAUUGCUCUGCUUCGCGGUUCUGUUGGAGAAGGGCCCGGCCGAGGUGCAGUACACCUCGGCCAUGGCCCUGAUGGAGAUCACGGCGGUGGCAGAGGGGGACGCGGAGCUGAGAAGGUCGGCCUUCAAGCCCAACUCCCCGGCGUGCAAAGCCGCCGUGGAUCAGCUCUUCCGGAUCCUGGAAAAGGGGGAAUCGGAGCUCCUGAUCCCCUGCAUUAAAGCCAUAGGCAACUUAGCUAGGACUUUUAAGGCCACCGAGACCAGGAUGAUUAGCCCUUUAGUUAGACUGCUCGACGAGAGGGAGGCCGAGGUGUCACGAGAGGCGUGCGUCGCCCUCACCAAGUUCGCCUGCCCGGAGAACUACCUCCACCUCGACCACGCCAAGGCCAUCAUCCAGGCCGGGGGCGCCAAGCACCUCGUGCAGCUCGUCUACUUCGAGCAGCUCGUGCAGAGCUCCGCGCUUGUCCUGCUUUGCAACAUUGCUAUGCACGUCCCCGACAGCGAGGACCUGGCACGGGCCGAGGUGCUCACAGUGCUCGAGUGGGCGUCCAAGCAGGCUGCGCUGUGCCAGCUCGAGGAAGUCGAGAGGCUGCUGCCAGAGGCCAAGGGGAAGCUUGAGCUCUAUCAGUCCAGAGGCUCCAGGGGGUUCCACUGAUCAUCACAUUUCUUUCAAAUUUUUGGUUAUUCAUCUUGCUUUUUUGCCACUACUUGUAUCAUUCUGUUUUCAUUCAUAUGGAGUGUAUAUAGCAUUAGUUGGUGCCUGUGAUUCUUUAUAAAAAAAAGGAAUGUCAAGAAUUGGUUUUUUUA